GAAAAAAAGGAGGCUCUGGAUCUCAAGUGUGCUCAAAGAUUCGUACUUUCGUAACCCAGCAAAAAAGUGAAUCCUUCCGUUUUUCCCGAAUCCGAGGAUCUUAUGCUGCGGAUACCACACGUGGCAUUCAAUUACCCUAGACCAUCCCACAGCAGAAAUUUCCUCCUCUUAGGACCUUUUUUUGGCCUGUCCCCAUGUACGUUUCCUCUUCCUCCCUUUGGAUUUGCUGGUUAGAAUAGGGAAAAGAAAACGAUCAUUCUUUCUUCACAGGGGCCAGAGGAAGAAUCAUUCAAUUCUUCAAUCCGGUCACUGUUUUGCAUUUUUCCCUUUUUAAUGUUCUUUUCUAUCUGGGUUUUUCUUUGUGGCUCGGAUUCUCCAAGGAUUGUUAUUGAAAAAAGGCCGGAACUCAUUUUUUGAGUGAUCUUAUCUAGUGCUGCAUUUUCAAACUCUUUCAAGUUCCACUAAGUUCGUUAAUAAGCUCAUCUAGUCAUGCAUUCAGCAUUACCCGUUCAAACUGUGCAGCACUGGUGCUUGGGAAUGUAGAAAGAUGUGCUUGUGCAUAAUACAUCCUCCAGCCUUGACAGAUUUUAAUUCCUCCAUCAUUCACGAGACUGGUUGUUUAAGUCACAUUUUUUACCCUAACAGUACUGAAAAGAAAUUUGAGCCAAGUUCUGACAAUCACGUUGUGGUGGUAAUGUCUAACUGCUGCCAAGAUGGUUGACCUGUAUUGAUUAUGAAAGAUUCCAGUGUAGGUGUUAUGUUCCACAUCUGGACGACAAGAAGAAUGUGUAGAUAUCAUUUUGAGUGUUUUGUAGUUUAGAAAUGGAUAACAAAGUAAGUGUACUAAUGGAAAGAUAUGAAGUAGGUAGAUUACUCGGACAAGGCACUUUUGCUAAGGUGUACUAUGGUAGGAGUAUUAUUACUGGGCAGAGUGUAGCAAUCAAAAUGAUAGAUAAGGAUAAGAUUCUGCGGGUUGGGCUUAUUGAUCAGAUCAAACGAGAAAUAUCUGUUAUGAGGCUGGUUAGACACCCUAAUAUUGUGCAGCUUUAUGAAGUCAUGGCCACGAAGACCAAGAUUUAUUUUGCACUGGAAUAUGCUAAAGGUGGUGAACUGUUCUUUAAGGUAGCGAAAGGGAGGCUGAAGGAAGAUGUUGCACGGAAAUAUUUUCUACAGUUAAUUAAUGCUGUUGAUUUUUGUCAUAGUAGGGGUGUUUAUCACCGGGAUUUGAAACCUGAAAAUUUACUUUUAGAUGAGAAUGAGAAUCUAAAAAUAUCUGACUUUGGAUUAAGUGCACUUGCUGAAUCAAAGCGCCAAGAUGGGCUUCUUCACACGACAUGUGGCACUCCUGCAUACGUUGCUCCUGAGGUAAUUAAUAGGAAAGGAUAUGAUGGGGCUAAAGCUGAUAUUUGGUCUUGCGGAGUGGUUCUAUAUGUUUUACUGGCGGGAUAUCUUCCUUUUCAUGACUCAAAUUUGAUGGAGAUGUAUAGGAAGAUUGGAAAAGCAGAAUUUAAAUGCCCACACUGGUUUCCUCCAGAAGUUCGUAGACUACUUGUAAGAAUGUUGGAUCCAAAUCCAAAUACUAGAAUCUCGAUUGUGAAAAUCCGGGAGCAUCCAUGGUUUAGGAGGGGUAUGACUUCGAAGACUACGAAGGCUUCUUUGGAAAACAAAGAUUUAGCUUCCUCAAGUACAGAUGCUGGUUCCCGUCAAAGUGAGGAUAACUCUGCGGCCGCCAGCGACCAGCUAAACCAUAUGGCACUUUCCAAUUUUAAUGCAUUUGACAUCAUCUCCCUUUCUGCUGGAUUUGACCUAUCCAGACUAUUUGAAGAACCUUGUCGCAAGAAAGAAGCUAGAUUCACUUCUUGGAAACCAGCUAAAGUUAUAAUCUCAAAGCUGGAAGAAGUUGCUAAACAUUUGAAGCUAAAAGCAACUAAAAGGGAUGGAGGGUUAUUUAAAUUCGAAGGAACAAAAGAAGGCAGAAAGGGAAUAUUGUCAAUUGAUGCAGAGAUCUUUGAGGUCACUCCUGCAUUUCAUAUGGUUGAGAUAAAGAAAUCAAAUGGAGAUACGUUGGAAUAUCAAAAGAUACUAGACGAUGGUCUAAGACCUGGUCUUCAAGAUAUUGUUUGGGUUUGGCAAGGAGAGAAUGAACAUCUGGAUUCGCAACAGCAGGACACGCAAACUGAACAGCAGCAACCGGAACCUCAAGCUUCAGGUGACCAAAAACAGAACCUGCUUCUACAGCAGCUAAUAUUGCAGGAUAAGUUACCUUGAUUUUGUACACUGUGUUAGCUGUGUUAGCUGUCUACUGGGAAAAAGGCGUCAUGAUUGUUGUAGCGCCGUGGAUGAAGGAGCAUGAGAUUGAUAUGUGCUCAGUUCAUCGAUCAAGUGUUUCUCUUCCCAUUGUAAUAAGUAAAAAAACUACAAGAUGCACGAAGCACAGGUUACGGAGUGUAGAUGUAGCUGUAUAUGCAUGUUCUCAGUCAACGUUUCGGUUCAUAUAAAUAAUCUGUCAGCUCACAUUUUAUGGAGCUGCCAUUUUAUACACUCUUCUAGACUCUAGUUGGAAAAAUUGGAAGCAGGAUUGUAAGAGAUGAAAUAUAGAAAAAACGGAGGUACAUAUUGCAUAGUUUUACUCUGAUUUCCAAGAACGUGUUAAGCUGCAUUCUCAAGAUUUUGCUGACUGAAUACUACAUCAUACGAUACUGCAAGACACAGAGCAAGAUGGACAAUCCCUAUACACGAAUCAUAUCUGAAGAACAAUCUGGGCAACAAAAAUGUCCUCUAGCUUGACAUUUGGUGCAGGAAAUGAAGGAUCUUUUGGAUGGAUUGAGUUCGAAUGAAAUUCCUUUGUUGAUGGAACCAGUCCCUUUGCAAUUUGAGCAUGCUAUCAACUUCAGAUCACCACAUCUCUUGCACAUACCUGCUGAACUGAUCGUCCCAACCACAAAUCCACAGAAAACCAACAUCAGUACAGGUCAGAAAAUAUAGUUGGAGGAAGAUGAACAAACAGAAAGAGUGAGGAAGACGAGAAGAAAAUGUCUAAUACCUGCGCUGGGAAGCAGCAAUGAAAAAGUCAAUCUUCGGGGCGGAAAGCGUGGCCGAAAGAAGCAGAGCACCAACGCAAUAUCCUGCUACUUCAUUUGCAGUGAUGUGUUCGAACAUUUUUCUUCUUCUUUGUCGAUGUUGCAGCUGAGAGUCGUCGGGAAACGGCGGUGAUGGGGUGGAGGAUGUUGGGAUGGGUAGCUGAUAGCUUUUGUUACCUUUAGAAUCUGAUUUUUAUCAGUGUGUGAGAUAUUAUAUGCACGAACAAGGAUGGCCACAAGGUCCCUCCCUUAUCCAUUUACAACCACCCUUUUUGAGUCUUAAGAAGGUGAAAACCGAAAAAGAGAAAGUGUUCUUUUGCCAACAGAUUGUAAUAUAACUCUUUUAAAUUGCAGAAAGGAUGCAGGUUAAACUUAAAAUACUAUGAGCCCAUAACUAUUAUUCUGGAACAAAGUGAGUCUGCAAAAAAAAAAAUCAAGAUAUCGAGAUGCAGCAUUUCUCAGUCAGUUGUUUGCUUUCAGUCUAGUACCACAGUAAAUCUCCGAAGGUAUCUUUUCAAAGCUUAAUCAUAAAAUCACAGCUGGAGAAGCCAGAAGCUAGGGAACAAGACACUGUGAUCAAAGCUUCAACGCAUUACUUUGGAUUUCAGAAUACAGUAGAGUAUACUCAUUUUGACAAACACGCAAAUACAGUACAUUUAAACCACCAACGGUGAUAUGGUUAAAUCGAUAAUUUCAGUUUCGGAGCGUCUUCGCCUCUUGCUUCCUUUCGUAGCAUUGUAGCCAGGUGAAGGCGUAAAUACAUCUAUUACCUCAACUUCUGAGGACAUGCUGGCGCAUUGAACUUUGUGAUGAAAUGUGCUUUCUGAAGUUUGUUCAUCUUCUGCUAGGUCAUGUUCAUCUAUACACUCAUCUAGCAACUGGAAUAUUCUUUCUUUUUGUUCAGCAAUACUCGCUAUUUUACUGCCACAGGAAACAAACAAAGAAGGUUGACACUGCUCCUUUUCAACUUCAUUCUCUCGAUAUCUUAUUAAGUCAUCAUGCGACCUGAAAAUUUCUGGAUCUUCAGCAAAUUCUAUCAUCUUGUUGUGGCUGGAAGCAGAGGAAGAUAGUGCUUUGAAUGAGUAGCCAUUGAGUUGAAAUGACUGCUUAUGGAUUUCCUCUCCUCGAACUCCCCCCUUCUUAGGCUGUGUCAGUAACUCAUCAGACAAGCUCAAUAUUUCAGAAUCCUGAGCAUCUGCUGUUAUCUCAUUGCGGCUGACAAACGAAAAGGCCUGUUCCUGAUCUGAUUUUUUGUCAUGUUCAGAUGAACCCUGAGACAGUUUUUUGCCCAGUCGUGUAUUCUUUGUCCUUUUCUGGGCAGUUCGUUUCUUGGACCCUGCUUUCUUUUUAUCCCCAUCAUGCUGGUCAGAUUCAAGAGCACCUAGAACAACGGUAACAUCAUUUGGUACUUGUGCCUCCACAAAUUCACCUUCUAUAGAUUCUUGGGAUCCACCACUUUCCUCACAUCCACCAUCUUCACAAUAAAUAUCGUCAUUCUCAUCGUCACAAAAGCUGAUCCCUGUAUAGCAUGGAAGCUCAUCCAUGGAACAAACUCGGACUCUCAUCUGACCAGGCAGCCUAGGGCAACUGGCUGCAUGCGCCAUGUAUUUUGUUGAGAAGUAGUUUACUGUGAGAUUCAGGCU